AUGGCGAUCUUCUCUCCGGUCCUUCUCAACUUUACUCUCGAAACCCUUGUUCUCUCUAUUUUCGCAAACCACACAUUCCUAGAGCUUACCUUACACUGCUCAAGCCCUCCACUGACUAUUAAAUUACUGACAUAUACCAAUGAUGUGUUUGGAUGCUUAUUCAAUCCUGCAGACAUCACUCGACUACAAAACCACCUAAAACUCAAUGUCUGGCCCUCGAAUGCUCGUAUUAAUAUGCACGAAAAUCAUGAAAUAUCCUUCUCAGAUGAUCUCUUCCAUCAUUGGAAUGCUCCUCUUUAA